AAAUCAUCAAACAAGCCUAAUUUUGUGAAAUCCUAAAACAUUUUGAAAAACAGAACAAGGGUUAUUUAAAAGGGCCACAAAGUAACGUUGUCUCUCCUCCCUCAGUCUCUCUCCAUUACUGGGGUUCUGCUUCGCCGGGGGAAUCGCCGCCCACCCUCGAUUUACCGGAAUUUCAUCGCCGCUGCCGCUUCACAUUUCACUAUCUGACAAGUACCUGUUAGUUUAUUUAGUAGGUGAUGGACUCAGGAGGCAAUUCGCUUCCAUCUGGACCAGACGGAGUGAAACGUAAAGUUUCAUAUUUCUAUGAUCCAGAAGUUGGAAAUUAUUACUAUGGUCAAGGUCACCCUAUGAAGCCACAUCGCAUUCGUAUGACACAUGCUCUUUUGGCUCACUAUGGCUUGCUUCAACAUAUGCAAGUGCUCAAGCCUGUCCCUGCAAGAGAUAGAGAUCUUUGUAGGUUCCACGCCGAUGAUUAUGUAUCCUUCCUGAGGAGCAUUACCCCCGAAACGCAACAGGAUCAGUUGAGGCAGUUGAAGAGGUUUAAUGUUGGUGAAGAUUGUCCUGUAUUUGACGGCCUGUACUCAUUUUGUCAGACUUAUGCUGGAGGUUCAGUUGGUGGUGCUGUGAAAUUGAACCAUGGGCUUUGCGAUAUUGCAAUUAAUUGGGCUGGCGGCUUGCACCAUGCGAAAAAGUGUGAGGCAUCUGGUUUCUGCUAUGUGAAUGAUAUUGUUUUGGCAAUUUUGGAGCUUCUGAAAGUGCAUGAGCGUGUAUUGUAUGUGGACAUUGAUAUACACCACGGCGAUGGUGUAGAAGAGGCUUUUUAUACUACAGAUAGGGUCAUGACAGUGUCUUUUCACAAAUUUGGGGAUUAUUUUCCUGGUACAGGAGAUAUUCGUGAUAUUGGGUAUGGAAAGGGGAAGUAUUAUUCUCUCAAUGUGCCUCUAGAUGAUGGCAUUGAUGAUGAGAGCUACCAAUCAUUGUUUAGGCCCAUUAUGGGAAAAGUAAUGGAGAUUUUCAAACCUGGGGCUGUUGUCCUGCAAUGUGGUGCUGAUUCUUUGUCUGGUGAUAGAUUGGGUUGUUUUAACCUCUCCAUUAGGGGUCAUGCAGAGUGCGUCAAAUACAUGAGAUCUUUCAACGUCCCGGUACUGUUGGUGGGUGGAGGGGGCUAUACUAUAAGAAAUGUAGCUCGUUGCUGGUGUUAUGAGACUGGGGUUGCCCUUGGGAUUGAACUUGAUGAUAAGAUGCCACAACAUGAGUACUAUGAGUAUUUUGGUCCAGACUAUACUCUCCAUGUUGCUCCAAGUAAUAUGGAAAACAAGAACACACGGCCCAUAUUAGAUGAUAUUAGAGUAAAGCUCCUUGAAUACCUCUCAACCCUCCAACAUGCACCAAGUGUUCCAUUCCAGGAGCGUCCUCCUGAUACUGAGUUCCAUGAGGAAGAUGAAGAUCAGCAAGAUCCAGAUCAAAGAUGGGAUCCAGAUUCUGAUAUGGAGGUUGAUGAUAAUCGUCCUAUAUCAAUUCGAAGCAGAGUAAAGAGAGAGAUCAUGGAGCCCGACCUUAAAGAUGCGGAGGAUGUCAAAGAAACAGCGGAUCAUGCAAGAGACAAUACAGCUGUCUCUUUUAGUACAGGGAGCACAUCUUUGAAGCCUCCAAAUCCAAAUUUGGGCUCAGAUCAACAAGAAGCUUGUGUCAAAAUGGAACAAGACAGCUCAAAUAAGCCCCCUGAUCAGCCAGCUGAUAUGAAUUUAUAAGAAAUUCUGACUUAUUUUUACUAACCGACGUGCCGUGGUGUAGGAUUUUUGAGAUUUAUCACUUCCCUUCUUUUUUAUCUUGUAAAUCGUUGGGGCUUAGUUUUAGUGCAUUAGUCAAUGUAGAAUUUUUGUAGUGAAUGAACAUUAAUUGUUGAGGGAAACUUCUAAAGCAAUUGUAACUAAAUCCUUGAGCGGCACUCUUAAGACACAGAUCACGUAGAAGUCAGCAGAACUUAUAUACGGAGUACUAUGAUGAUGAGGCUUUGCUUUU